AUGAGGGCGCAUAGCAUCUUUAACACGACCAUGCAAGAUGACCGCAGCGCCCCUCUGAGACACACGGCCCAACCCACAACAAUUGCAAAGGGCAACAAGGUCUUUCUACUUGUGGGGGGCAAUCAUCUACAAUCCGCUUCAAUAAAGGAGCAGAUUCCACAAUACUUUCAGUAUCUUGAUUUGCUUGUGGGUGAGGCCACGGAAAAUAAAGCCAUUCGAUGGGGUGAACCUACCUCGCUUUUAUCACAGAUCGAACCAUCUGCGAAAGAAAAAGGCAUUGAACGCUUCCAGACUUGCGGUGGCUCAGGCGUUCUGAUGGAGGAUGGCACGCUUGUGUUUCCUGUGAUGGCGAUGAAGGGAGAAAAUAGCGUUGCCUCCAUGAUCAUUUAUUCGAAAGACGGCAAAACAUGGGGGCUACCAAUGGGCAUUGACUUUGCGGGGUGCACUGACCCUUUCAUCGUCGAGUGGGAGAGGGGGCAAAUUGUGAUGAUUACUCGCUGUAAGAAUGAUCUCAAGGCUAUGGAGUCGAGGGACAUGGGGAAAACGUGGAAGCGGGCUGUCGGGGCAAUAUCGCGCGUGGAGGAAAAUUUUCAGUCAAACCCUACUUACAAGCGUUGGCUUGUGACAUCCUUCACCACUGCGACCAUUGCUGGAAAGAAGGUCAUGCUGUACACUCAGCCAAAAUACAUUUCUGCGGCUGUGGGGCCAACUCAGCUCUACAUUUGGGUCACCAACAAUAUUCGCACGUUUAACGUCGAGACCGUUUCCAUGGACACUGAUCGGGGGGAGGUGCUCAGCAGCUCCCUGCUGCACUCCAAUGGUGCGCUUUACUUUUUGCAAGAGAAGAACGAUUACCCGACAAGGAGCUUGUUACUUUCCCUCCUAACGGAGGAGCUGAAGACAAUUACGUCCGUCUUGGAGACUUGGGCAAAACUGGACUCCUUCCUCUCCAAGUCGUCUGUGCCCACGGCCGGUCUGGUUGGAUUCUUGUCGGAUGCAUCGGGUGAUGAAACUUGGAACGACGCGUACUGUUGCUUGAGUGCAACUGUGACGACUGCAAAGAGGGUCGAAAAUGGCUUUAAGUUCAUGGGGUCCGAAUCAUACGCUGUGUGGCCGGUGAACAUGUGGGUCAAUAGCAAGUUUUACGGCUUUGUGGAUUACGAGUUCACGCUUGUGGCGACAGUGACGAUCGAUGAGGUACCGAACGAGAGCGGUCGUUUACUGAGCGCGAGCUUGAAUGACAAGGAAAACACGACGUUUGUGGGGCUGUCGUACACGACGGAGAAACAGUGGGGGACAGUCUUCGACGGCAUCACGACAAUAACACACAGCAGCACUUGGAAGCCGGGGAAGGAGUACAAAGUGGCGCUCAUGCUGCAGGACAACAAGGGCUCCGUGUACGUGGACGGCGUGCUCGUGGGAAAAUCGGACACACUACCAACGCCUCAAAAAAGGAAUGGCGAAAUAUCAGACUUUUACUUUGGCGGCUGCAAAGACAGCAGUGUGACAGUAAAGAACGUCUUUUUGUACAACCGCCCAUUGAGUGAGCAGGAACUCAAAAAGGUCGACGACUACGAUCCAUCUGGGAAAAAUGGAGGCGACAGCUCCAUGCGUGCGGAUGUGUCUUGCGUGCUGCUGCUGCUGCUGCUGGGGCUAUGGGGCUUUGCGGCUCUCUUCUAA